UUUUGGUGCGCGUGGGUUAAGAAAGUGAUAAACUUUUGCUAAUUCAGUGUUGUAUUGUUUUGCUAUUUCCCCCAAACUAACUGCGUCGCAGUGUUGUGCUGAUUCGAGUUUUUGUGUGUAUGCUCAUCGGAAAGAAACCGACGGAAAAAAUAUAACUAAACGGAUGGCAGUACAGUGAAAAUAGGUUUGCGAGUCAAAAAAAUAACAACCCCGUUCGCGUAUUCGAUGCUGCCCGUCGUCCGGGACAGAUGGCCGCAACCGCACCGAUGGCUUUAAACACUCCAAAGCGCCUCAAGACGGCGGUCUCGUCUUGUAGCAAUUAUCUUAGCUCGCCACCACCAUCGGUGACCACCAUCGGAUCACCGACGGAUGCGCAAGUAGGAUCCGCUGCGAACGUUGGCCAUGGCUUGACAGCCCCUGUCACCACGGCACACCAACAGCAACAGCAUUGGAAUUGGUUUACCGAAGCUACCAGCCCCUCGUCGAGCUGCGGCUCACCGGACGGUCAGCACAAUCGCAGCUUCAGUGGCCACAACUCAUCGGGCACACCGAAAACCUGGAACUCCUCCUCCGCUGGCGGCGGGUCGGCGGAAAAGUCGGAAAACAAACGGGGCCGCCCGCGAUCCGAAGCGCUCACGUCGCUGAUGGUCGAGGGUUCGAUUUCGCCGUCCGCAAUUAAAUGCCGCUACUGCCAUCGAGUCUUUCCGAGGGAGAAAUCGCUCCAGGCACAUCUACGAACGCACACAGGUGAACGGCCAUACCACUGCGACUAUCCGGGAUGUACCCGUGCGUUCACGCAAAGUGGACAGCUGAAGACACACCAGCGGCUGCACACCGGGGAACGACCCUUCAUCUGCUCGGCCGCCCACUGUCAGAUGCGGUUCACCCACGCCAACCGCCAUUGCCCGGACCAUCCCUACGACACGCUGAGGCGCUGCGACGACUUUGUCAUACAGACGGUACCGGAGCAGAACGACGAGGUUCUGCGAUGGUUGGAGAAGUAUCGCGCCGAGCGCGAAGACCGAACACCAACACGGAAGACACCUAAGCGAAGUAACGGAUCGAACGGUGGCUCGGCCGCUGGCAACGCUACAACGGACAACGGUUUUGGUAUCGAAAGUCCCGGCAGUACGGACUUGCUGAACGAAAACGAAAACCAACGGCCGGCGACGACGGUAACACAGCGCAACGCGAACGAUGAGAACAACCCGACGAUCGGUAACGGAUUGCAGGGAGUCACCGGGGGUGGAGGUGCCGUUGGCGGUGGUGGCAAUGCUAGAAAUUUGCUCCUCUCCCCGGUCACACCGAACAACAACUACAAAUCGAGCCGGAAGGGACUGAUGUGCGAGCUGGACAUGAACGCGGGCCUGGGCAGUCCGUUAACGUCGAAGACAAAAAAUGCUCUACCGAAGCUGAUUCAGUGGCAGGAACCAACCGACCACGAGGCGGUAGAGCAGGAGGCUGACGACUCCGGUGACGAGUUGUGCCCAUCCAGCCCGGCCAAGUCGACGUUCAACCCGAAGAAGAAGUGGCUACGCGAUGCCUGGCAGGACGAUCUUGCCAAACCGCUCGAGCCGAACGUGAUCUCGCAGAAGGUGUUCUCUUCCACUACCUCCACGAUGGCGCUCAAGCAGCAGCUGCACCAGCAACCGGAAGUCCCCGUCAGCACCUACUCGUCCUCGCCGGUGAAAAGACAAGCGCUUGCCCCGGUGGGCCACCAUAACAAACCCCUACCGCGGGUGGAUAGCUACAGCAAUGGCGCACCGCACACGAUGUUGAACACGAUCGAUCCAAAUCAAAUGCGUCCGACCGUGCUGAUGGUGGCCAGCAAGGAUAGUGCGCGCCCACUUUCCGAUCAACCGGCGGCGGCGUUGCACCUAACGAAUGGCGCGGGGCGUCCCAGGCCGGAGGAAAACAAUCGGAAGCUUCAGGGUGCACUUGCGUUGAUGCAACUCGCGGCCAAGGAUGCAUACGGGUUGGCAACUGCCCAUGACGAUAGUCUCCCGUCUGCCACGGAAUCCAUCGGCUACGGAUACGACGAUGUUUCUCCGGCAAGCAGUGUUCCGCCUGACUCCUCGGACGCAUCGUCGCCGGAAGGGCACAUUCUACCGCGAACACCGUUCGUCGACGGCGCACCGAAUGGGCUGGGAAGCUACCUGUAGGAUGUAGGAGGAAGCAACGCCCCUCCCGAGGCAUGACUGAUGGAAUGGAAACGCCAACACUCUUGCCCGCCAAGUGAUUCUUCCGUCAUACAGGGGCACGUGCGCCGUACUCGGUGCAACUGCGGAAGAUGCUUCGCUGGCGAAAAAUUUCCAAAGAAAAAUAAUGAUGGCUACCGACGACGAUGACGAUAGGUGGAGGGCGGGGAAAAAGCGUUAACCGCGCUUAUCGAAGACUUUAAAGCCCGUUUCAUCGACAGGCUCAUGUUGGUGGCAUGCUUUAAAGUGUGUACAGUUUGAGUUAACCUGACCCUGAUGAAAACGACGGUCGGUUAUGGAACAGUCAGCCUAAUCGAGAGCAAAUCUAAGAAGAUUUAUAGUAUAAAGCUAGUAUAUUACGGAUGUUACUAACAGAAUGUUAGUAUUUUUUUUUCUUUUUUUUCACUGUGAUUAUUUUGUAAAAGCUAUAGAAGCUCGAAAAAUCAUGAACUUUCUAUCAGAAUCAGAGUACCGACAGAUUACGGUUUUUGCUAAUUUCGUUUCACAGUUUCUCCAUUUUUUACCAGUUUUAUUAAAUUUUGUUUAAAAUUACAAUCUUAUUUCCUUUUAAAGAAUUCCUAUCCAGUGAGCCUGGACGUUAUCGGGCAUUUUUGUUUUGCUGUAAAACAUCAUUUCGAGUGAAACGAAGAAAAGUAAUCGAUAUUUAGAAAGUACACAUGUUACUUCCACUAAUUCAUACGUAUUUGUUUAGCAGAAGGAAACACAUUUGCUUUGCAAAUCCUUUUAAUUUAUACCAUUUAACGAUAGUUUUGUACGCGCGCUGCUUUGAAUGAAUCCUAACGAAGCGAGUGAAGAAUUUAAUUAAAGAGUUAUUUAUUUUUUUUCCUUCUAUAUUUUCAUAUAUUACUCGACUUCGACAAGCAAAUAGCUCGGGAGCUAUUGAUAAAACAGAACCACGUUUUUUUUUAGUGUACAGUAUAGACAGAGAUGAUUCUCCUUCAGAACCGAACGAAACACCAGUGGCGCAAUGUAAGCAUUAGUAGUCAUCGGACUGGAGGGACGCUUGAAGAACGGUUCUUUCACGUAUAUUUUUACUCAUUACGAAUCGAAUAAUGAACUCCAUGAAUGGAUAACGAAUUUCCAGUUUGCGAGCGAAAUAAAAUACUGAUCAAAAUAAUGAAAUAUCAUAAGACAGUGUUGUGC